AUGGCAUCACCUCGACUCAGUUUUAGACAAAGUUUGGUUUCUCCACAUUCUAAGUUAUUAUCUACUGUUCCUUUAGUUGUGUUUUUAAGUGACCAAAAUGAAAUUAUACAAACUAUGAAAACAGUUCCACCAGCAACAAUGCUUGUUUGGGUUUUAACACCAACAAGUGAAUCAACAAAAGGAAUUACUAUUACAAUUAAAUAUUAUAAUUUAAUUUCACAUCACACAUUAUUCAAAGAUAGUAUUCUUACAACAUUAACAAAGAAAAAAAUUGGUAAUUCAAAACAAAUAGAAUAUAAUGUAUCUACUAAUGUUAAAGGAAUUACUAAUAAUAAUAUUAGAGUUGCCAUUAAUCAAUUCAUUUUAUAUCAACAACUUGUUCAAUUUCUUAUGAGAACUCAAUAUUUUAGUGAUUUACCUUCAAUGAAUAAAUUCCCUACUAUUCAUCCAGAUCCAACUUCUCCUCGUUUAAUUUGUCAAUGGAUUCAAGGAAUUAAAAGAAUUGAUUUAGAUGAAGAAAACGGUUCUUUAUUAUUAUUAAAUGAAAAACUUUCUAUUAUCGCUAGAUGUGAAACUGUUAAUAAUGCAAUUGAUGCAUUAAAACAAUACAUUAACCCUUCUCAACUUCCUAUUUCUCUUUCAACAGAAAUGUUCAAUAUAACUGAAAAAUUAAAUGAACUUCAUGCAAUAAACUAUUCUGAGUCUUUUGUUAUUAAAGAUGUAAUAAUGAUUUUACCCAAAUUUAUAAAUGAUUUAUGUCAUCAUCCAAUUAAUACUCUUGUUGAUUCCUUAGAAGUAUUAAUCAGUCGUGUUUUUUCUAAUUCUUUAAUUGAACAAAAGACUAUUAUUAAAAUGUUAUUUGAUCAUAUAAGAAUUCAUCCAAUUUGUGAUGGAAUUUAUCUUCUCAUUGGUAAAUUAUUGGAUAAGUAUACUAAAGCAUUUUGUACAGUUCUUCAAACAGAAAAGGUAGGAACUAUACUAACUGAAAAGAUGAAAGAAAUAUAUAAAAAUAUUUUUGGUGAUUAUACCUUUGAUGAAAAAUCAUUACCAUCAAUUAAAACUGUUAUUGUCAAAGAUGACAAUACACCAAUUAACUAUGAUGGUGUGGACAGAGGAUCAUCAAAACAAGUAAAAAGAAAAUCUAUAUUCUUCUCAAAUUCAUUGUUCCAAGAGGAUGAUACUUUCUUAAGAAGACAAAGUAGAAGUUUCCAAAGAGCAAUUACUCCUAGAAAAAUAGGAAAAGGAAAAGGUGAUGAACAACUAGAAUCAAAAAAUGAAAUGAGAGAUGAAGCAAGAAAAUUAGCUCAAGCAUUUUUUAAUGAAAGUCUUCCUUAUAUUCUUAAAGUAGAUCAAACUGGAGUUAAAAUAUUUAGUUCAAAAAAUGAGAAUGAAGCAUUUCUUGAUAACUUAACUUACAAACCUGGAUUUGAACAAUUAAAACAAGUAAUUAAAUUGGUUAGAUAUAAUAUAGUCAUAGAAGAAAAUCCUGAACUAAUCAAACAAAUUUGUUUCUUCCUUAUUCCAUCAGUAUCAUUAGGUUAUAAAGAUUGUUUUAAAGAAAUUACUGAUUCUAUGGAAGAUUAUUUUCAACAUAUUUAUACAUGUAAUAAAGAAAACAUUUUUAUGAAAGUACUAACUGACUGGGAAUUAAUUGUAGAAGAAUCAAAAUCAUUUAAUGCUUAUUUCUUCCGUAUUUUAUUAAAAAUCUUUAGAGUUUAUUUGAAAAUAGCUAGAUAUCAAACAAUUGGAUUAGGGUUAUCAGAAAGAGUUUUAAUGCCGAUUUCUUUAUGUCUUCAACGUCCACAAACAGAAUGUUAUUUAGAUUCUCAGUAUGACCUUUUAAUAGAAGUUGGUCGUUGUUUUAAGAUUUUUAAUAAUAAAUGUUUAAAUGAAACACACUCAGUUCAUGCAAUUCAACAAAUUUAUUCACCAAAAGAAAUUAGUAAAUUGGCAAUGGCAUGUGCAAAAAGAUAUCUUAUUGACUAUGAAAAAGAAACAUCAAAUUAUCAUGAAAAUGUUAACAAAUUACUUGGAAAGAAACGAGAAUAUACCAUUCUUUAUUUCCAAGUUCUUGUUCGUUUAUUACAAGUCUUUGACCAAAAAUCUCUUCCAAAUAAUCAAAAUUAUACAUCAGUUCAAGAAAAUUUAGAAAAUCUAGUAGUCCCACCAAAUGGAUUUCUUUUUAGAUUUUUAAGAGAUGAAACUGUUUUAUUUGGAGUUGAUGCUAAAGUUACUGCACUCUCUUUUUUUACAUAUUUCUUUAGUGUAAAUUCACCAAUUAUCAGAAGAAAGUCUGUUGUUAAUGAAUAUAUUCGAUUUGCAUUUAAAUUAUUUAUUAAAAUAUAUUACAAAGACACUUGGACUGACGAUGAUAUUAGAGUAUUAAUUGGUGCUUUGAAAAUGUUAAAUGGACUUGCAGCACAUAAAACUGAGUUUAGUAGACAAACCUUUUUUAGAUUAGGUUUAUUCUCAUUAUUAUUACACGAAGUUAUGUUAGAAUUUAAUAUGAGUUGGAAUAAUUCUCAUGAAGAAGAAACGGGGAUUUUUGACGCUUUUAAACAACAACCAAAAAAACAAUUAGAACAAACAAAAACACAAACAAAACGUAUUGCUGGAAGAAAGAAUAUGAAAGUUAAUAUUCCUAGACUUUGUGUAAAUGCUAGUCCAACUAAACCACUUUCUCCUCGUAAAUUUGAAACAAAACUAGAUGAGGACACUAAAAAGGAUGGAAUCACUCAAUUAUCACCUCGAAUUAUAUUGGAAACUUCUAAAUCAAGAUCUCCAAACACAAACAAUGUAUUGGAUGGAAAACUUCAAUCACCUUCUGCUGAUACUCAGUCUCAAGAAAUUCAAAAAACUAUCACAGUCCAUAAGAAAAGACUAACUUUGACUGAUGAAUGUUAUAAACCAUCAAAGAAAAACACACCUACUUCUGAUAAUAGAUCUGAUAGUCUUUCUCCAGACCCUCAAUAUUUCCAGGUUGUAGAAACCCCAAAAGAACAUGAAACAAUUUAUAACACUCCUCCUAUUGAAAGCCCUGGUAAAACUCCUCCUAUUGACGUCAUUAAGAAAGGGACUAAGACUCCUAUGCGUUUGUCAUUAGUAAAAGUUCCUGGAAUCAUUACUGUCAGUCCUCCUGAUUCAUCUCGUUCAAGUCUAAGAAGUUCACUUGAAGCAGGUAGUUUUUUUAUUCCUUGCAAGUUAGAAGAUGAGACACAACACAAAACAUCUCCAAUAACGUCAUGUAAAGAUAUUUCUAUUCCAUUGAAUAAUUUUGAAGAAUCAGUCAUACGAGAAGAAGAGUCUAAGAAGAGAGAGUCAGUUAAUCCAACAUCCAAUAAUACAAAGAUAGUUGAAACAACAAAUGAAGAACCUCAAUCAAGUGCUUCAAGUGAUAAACCAAAGGAUACAAAAGUUAAAGAAGAAACAAAAAAAGAAAUUACGCCUCCUGCACGAAAAAAGAGACCACCACCACUUAAAAUGGUUCCAGCUAUUAGAAAAUCUAUUGAUAACUCAGGAGCUGGAACGUCAUCAGUAUCAGGAAGUACAACUAAUAGUUCUAAUGGAUUAUUGACACAAGUAGAACAGAAAUUUAAGGAAACAGGGAAGUUACAUCUUAUUCUUGAUAAGAUGAUGUUUGAAAAAACAAAUACAGAAGUAGUAAAAGUUGAUGAACAUUCGUAUGAAAAUAUGAGAAAAACAAGAAGAAUUUAUGUUAAUAGUGAUGUACAUAAAGAGAUAUUAAUGUUAUUGUUUAAUUUAAUAGUGAUGGAGAAUGGAGUAUUAGAUCCAUUAUAUACUGAUCAAUUUCCUGAUUUAAAAGGUAUGAAAGAUGCAUUAUUUAUUUUGUCAUGUCAUUUAGAUCGUAGUUCAAAUAGAGAAAUAGCAAAACAAUUGUUCUGUCAAGAAUCAUUAAAUCCAGGAAUUCAAGAGUUAUUGAGGUUAUUAUCACAACAAUUUUUUGAUAUGUCAAAGUACUCUAUUAUUAAAGUAAUUGGAGAGGGAGCAUAUGGAGUAUGUUCUGAAGCAUUAGUAAAAUAUGGUACAGAUUUAACAUUAAAUAAAGUUGUUAUCAAACAAAUUAAAAUCUCUGAGUCACCUAAGGCAAGAAGUGUUCUUCAUGAUAUUUUUAAUGAAAUUCUUAUUCUUGAAAGACAUUGUAGAGAUGAAAGGGUUUCACAUUUAUUUGAAUAUGGAUAUAAUGAAGGAUUUUAUAACAUUGUUAUGUAUCAAUAUUCUGCAUCAUUAGGGUCAUGGAGAAGAAAUUUACAACCAUCAACAUCAAAUACAAGAAUUCAUUUAUUAUUAAAUAUUUACAAAGAAGUAUUACGAGUUUGUCAAGUUUUAAAUCAAAGAAUUAUUCAUUUUGAUAUUAAAUGUGAAAAUUUCUUAAUUGAACCAUUACCUGGAGUAUCAUUAGAAACAGUUAAUAAUCCACAAACAGAAAUUCCACCAUUUAAAUUAUGUCUUGCUGAUUUUGGAGAGGCAUGUGUUUAUCGUAAUGAUAAAGAAGCAAAUACAACUAGACAUCGUGGAACAGAAUCAAUUAAACCACCAGAAAUGUUAAAAAUGGACUUAGCAGGAGGAAUGCCUGUAAAUGCAUCAUGUGAUAUCUGGGCAUUAGGUUGUUUGUUAUAUGAGUUAUAUACAUCAAAAAUGCUUUUUGCAAUUGCUGAUGUUGGAGAAUUUUAUUUUAGAGUAUUAAAGAGUGAAGAAUUAUUAACUGAAGAAAAUAAAGAAUUACUUGGAAAUAAUGAGUAUUUAAUUGGAUUUCUUGAAUUUGUAUUAAAUAGAGAUCCAACAAAACGACCUCAAAUAUCUGCAUUAGCACAAAGAUUUGAUGAAGUAAUUGAAAAAUUUAAAAAAGAUAAUAAAAAAGAUUUACUUAAAGCAAAAAAAUGGGAAAAGAAUAGAAAGAUGUUAGAAAGAAAACAAUACGAACAAAUUGAAGAAGAAAAUAUUCAAUUAAAGAAAGAUAUUGAUAUUAAAAGAGGAAUAGAAGUUGUUAAUUUUGAAGAGUCUAAACAAGUGUUCAAAUAUUUUAAUAAUAUUCUAUUUGGUGGAGAAAUGAAUGAUGAAGAAGUAUAUAAAAGAGGAAUUAAAUAUGUUAUGCAUUUUGGAGAAGAAUUACCAACAUCACUUUCACUUACUGCUAUGAACUAUCCUAUUCCAAAAACAGUUGAAGAAAUGAUUAAAUUAUUUUCACGAAUUAUUGAAGUAUUAAGGGAAUUUGUUGUAUCAAAAAGGGCUGUUUAUAUUUGUGGAGAUAAAGGAUAUAUGCCAGCUGCUUUGUUACUUGGAUUUACAAUGCAAAAACAUUACUUAUCUGAAUAUGAAUCUUAUCUUUACAUUCAAAAAGUAUGUCCAUAUGUUAGACUUCAUGAAUCAGUUUUAAGUGGAUUAAAAUAUUUUGAAAAGAAUCCAAUUCCAUCAAUUUUCAGUGGCAAUGAUAAAUUAAGACAUUUCCAUUGUUUAUGUGGAAUUGUUGAUAUAGUUUUAACUCAACCUAUUGAUGAAGAAUUAGUUAGAAAUUGUAGAUGUGAAGCAGAUGGUAAAGAAUCUUGUCCUAAUCGUCACAAUGGUUGUAGAAUCUUUUUAGAAACAAUGAAAGAAAAAUCAUCAUAUGAUGCAAUAUUUAUGAAAUGGGUUGGAGUAAAACAAAAGAAUGUUGUGGGAAUGAAGAAUCUUUUAAAUGUUGUGAAUGUAUUACCAUCUUCUGGUAAAAGUGCAAAGAUAUAUUCUUGUAAGAGUUGUGGAUUCAUUAUGUUUGCCAUUCCUAAGAAAGGAUUAGAAAAGAAGUUUUCAACAAAUGGUAAAGGUUAUGAUUUAUUUAUAGUGGCUAAUAAUGCUGGAAUAGAACUGUUCUAA